GUCCAUGGAGCUAGAGUCAGACUGAGCGACUGAGCACUCACACACAAAUAUUUAGUAAUUAUUUCUGAUUUAUAUGUACUUUGUAGCCUAACCCCCCUACCCCCCCAGAUCUCUAAUAAAGUAGUUGGUUAUAUGUGUUGGAAAAAUUACAAUACAAUGGAUUCAAAUUUGACUUCUUUAUCUGCUCAAAAGUAUUAUCCUUUAAUUAAGCUUAACAACUCUCUCAGGGAGGUCAAUUUGCCUAAGAGAGAGAAACCAUAUGGAAGCACAUAGCCUAAAUCCUAUCAAUUAUAGAACAAGGUCGUGAAGGAAUUUUAACAUGUGAAUGCACACUCACUUGUGUCUGAUAUUUCAGGAAUAACAGAACACAAAAGAGUAAUACAACAAGAGACUCAAAGUGGACAAAAGAAAGCCCAAUAUUCAGAAGGUAUGGAGACAAGUCAGCACAAGCUGGAAGUUGGAAGUAACAGAAAAGCUGUCAUAGAUGACUUGCAGUUCCAGCCUCCAAUCAUCCAAUUACCUGACUUUGAUAAUUCAAGAAAUCUGCAAAGGAAGCUGGUGCCCUUGGUUACAAUACUAAACUCCUUCCUGGCCCAUGAGUUAGAGAAGAUGAAAGAAGGGAGCUGGAUGGGAGCUGAUGGAGUUGUCAACUGAACCACUGCCCCACAUCUACAAGGUAACACAAGGCACUUUCUGUUACAACUGAGAUCCUGACUGUGCUUCUUUGAGACGUUAAGAAAGAGUGUGAUACAAAUCCAGAAUCUGACUCUUCCAAUAAAGAAUCUCUCUCCAUGACCACAGCUGGGGUGUUUUAUCAAUGGUUGAAGGAAACUGGACAAGAGUGAGUGAGUUUAUCCUCAUGAGUUUCUCUUCCUUACCUACUGAAAUACAGUCAUUACUCUUCCUGACAUUUCUGUUCAUCUACCUGGUCACUCUGCUGGGAAACAGCCUCAUCAUUCUGGUUACCUGGGCUGACCCCAUGCUGCACAGCCCCAUGUACUUCUUCCUCAGGAACUUGUCCUUCUUAGAGAUUGGCUUCAACCUGGUCAUUGUGCCCAAGAUGCUGGGGACCCUGGUUGCCCAGGACACAACCAUCUCCUUUCUUGGCUGUGCCACUCAGAUGUAUUUCUUCUUCUUCUUUGGGGUUUCUGAAUGCUUCCUCCUGGCCACCAUGGCCUAUGACCGCUAUGUAGCCAUCUGCAGUCCCUUGCACUACCCAGUCAUCAUGAAUCCAAGGACACGUGCCAAACUGGCAGCUGUCUCCUGGUUUCCAGGCAUUCCCAUGGCUACUGUGCAGACCACGUGGCUCUUCAGCUUUCCAUUCUGUGGCAUCAACAAGGUGAACCACUUCUUCUGUGACAGCCCGCCUGUGCUGAGGCUGGUGUGUGCAGACACAGCCCUGUUUGAGAUCUAUGCCAUCAUUGGAACCAUUCUGGUUGUCAUGAUACCCUGUUUGCUGAUCCUAUGUUCCUACACUCGCAUCGCUGCUGCCAUCCUGAAGAUUCCAUCAGCAAAGGGGAAGCGUAAAGCCUUCUCUACCUGCUCAUCCCACCUCCUUGUUGUCUCCCUCUUCUAUGUAUCUUCAAGCCUCACCUACUUCCGUCCAAAGUCCAAUAAUUCUCCUGAGAGCAAAAAAGUGCUAUCACUGUCCUACACUAUUGUGACUCCCAUGCUGAACCCCAUCAUCUACAGCCUGAGAAAUAAUGAGGUGAAGAAUGCCCUUGGUCGGGCCUUCCACAAGGCUUUAGGUGUCAGAAACUGCUUUCUGUAGACAUUUUGAGGUGGAACUGAAGUUUGUUAAGUGAGGAACAAUCAGUUCCAUGUUUGGGUUUCCUCUCUGCCUCUGUUUUCAUCUUUUGGGGAUUAAACCCAGCUGCUGAAAUGGCUGUUGAAAAGACCAUUGGAGGGAAGGUGCACAGAGGUAUAGUGCACCUAUCAUUAUUGUGUGCCAUUUUCCUCUGUUUGCCCAAUAUGGACUUAACUUUUAUCUUACUGGUACAAAUGCUAUUUUGAAAUUUCUAUGACCAAUAUAUUCUAAGUAUUUACUGUGCUAAUAUUCACCAAUGUGACAUACACUGGGGACAGUGUGAAAUUUCUUAUAAUGUGAACUUGGGGACAUAAGAGUCUUCUUGAUAUUUUACUUUGUGUUCUGCAAGACUGACACCAUCAGUAGAAAUAAAGGCCAUAAAUCCCCCA